AUGGCUUCCAAGAAAUCAAAUCAGGCCGAGUUGGACAGUCACCACGAUGAGCUGAGAUCGCUAUGGCUUGAUCAGGGAUUGAAUCCCAAGCAGAUCCAAAGCGUCAUGGAUGACCUCCAACAAUCCACCCAGCCAGAUGAUGACUUCGAUAUUUUCCAGAGGGGAGAAGAACCCGAAGUCUCUCUGCCCAUUCAGGCCGUUGAUUAUAUCCGCGAUAUCCUUGACCUCCCUGCAAUUUCGGCAAUUGAGAAUCAAACGGUAGCAGCGAGCUUGUCUCAACUUAACAUACCUAUUUUCCUUGGUCAUGGCACUGAGGAUCCCAAGACCUCUGUAUAUCUUGGUGAAAAAAUGUCUCAACUUAUAUCGACAGGUCUAGGGAUGGAUGUUACAUGGAGGCCUUAUAAGGGACUUGGACAUUGGUACCGCGUGGAAGAUGAGAUUGAGGAUAUUCUGAAAUUUCUUGAAACUCGUGUUCAAAUACCUCCAGUGGCUGAGGAUAGAUCAGCGCCCCUUGCUUGGUGUACUCUGCCAAGACAUUUUUUUUCGAUUCCGACCCUGAUGUCCUUUAUGGAUUAUCCACCUCUGGCGAGGGAUCGUAGUUCCAAGAUUGUGAAGAAAUCAAGUUGA